AUGUACAGCUUCCUGGGCGGAGGCCUGUUCUGUGCCUGGGUGGGGACCAUCCUGCUGGUGGUGGCCACAGCGACAGACCACUGGAUGCAGUACCGGCUGUCGGGGUCCUUCGCCCACCAGGGCCUGUGGCGGUACUGCUUGGGCAGCAAGUGCUUCCUGCAGACGGAGAGCAUCGCAUACUGGAACGCCACCCGGGCCUUCAUGAUCCUGUCCGCCCUGUGUGCCACCGUGGGCGUCGUCAUGGGCGUCCUGGCCUUCGCGCAGCAGUCCGCCUUCACCCGCCUCUCCCGGCCCUUCUCAGCUGGCAUCAUGUUCUUUGCCUCCACCCUCUUUGUCCUGUUGGGCUUGGCCAUUUACACCGGUGUCACGGUCAGCUUCCUCGGCCGUCGCUUUGGGGACUGGCGCUUCUCCUGGUCCUACAUUCUGGGCUGGGUGGCCUUGCUCAUGACCUUCUUCGCAGGAAUCUUCUACGUGUGUGCCUACCGGAUGCAUGAGUGCCGGCGCCUGUCCACGCCCCGCUGAGCCCACGUGUGUCCCCCCAGCUUCUCCCAGAACUGAAAAUGAAGUCGCUGAAAAGGAGGGAGAGAGACCUGAGAUCUGGGUUUCUGGGAGCGUGAUGGGGCUGGAGCCUGGGCACCAGGCGGGGUGGUUGGCUCCUGGGUCCCCACGGUGGGGGGAAGGAGGAAGGAUAGGGCCUGGCUGGAGGGUGGGGAGGAGACCCAAGCCCCCUUCCCACCUCACCCCACCAGGCAGGUUGCUAGAGAUGUGCGGUAUCCUUUAGAGGAACUUUUUGGGGUCUAAUAAACAUGAUGUGAAACUCUUA